CCCACAGCCUGCCCGCCCCGCUGUGUUCGCCGUCGCCGCCUUCGUCGUCGUCGUCCAACAGCCUGCGUUCAGCGUCAUCAAAGCUCUUGAAUCUUAAAUCCUGAACAACCUCAUUGUGUAUAAUACUGAGUCAUGUCGAAUAAAAUUGUGCCUGCCAUCUAUCAAGCUGUUAUUGAAGAUGUAAUGAACGGUAUCAAGCCUGAAUUUGAGGAGUAUGGCGUUGGAGACGAUGUUUUCACUCAGCUGCGAGAAAAAUGGCAAGCUAAGCUCUUGGAAUCUCGUGUGGCCGAUUUCGAAGCUGUUCAACAGCCCGCUGCCCAAUCACAACACCACCCAUAUCCUCCUCAUCCAAUACUGAUGCCUGGUACUCAUCCUCACUACUAUACUUCACCCCCUGCUCCUGGACAAAUCAAGACUGAACCGACGGAUCCACGCUACGCUCUCACUGCGCCCCAGCUGCAGUACGCGAUGCCCCCGUUGCCUGGUCCUCAGCUCAAUGGAGCUGUGCGACCACAGCAGUUUGGUGGCCAAGCAGGUGUUCUAUCGUUUGCCUCUGUCUCUCCGCCGACUAUCGCAAACAACGGUCCCGCAUCAGCGGCCGGUAUCCCCCUUGGUCGACAAUACGUUCCGAAUGUAGCGCUAAGCAACUCCUCUUCCCAGCCAAGUACUUCAGCGUCUGCACCUACCACUAAUGGCACCAAUACCACAAAUGGGAAUCGUAUCCCUCAAGUAGAUGGUCCGUCGGAAGAUUCUGAUGAUUCACCAUCCCCUCCCCCUUUUGCACCACGGCCGUCUCACCCUUCUCUCCCUCAACCACAAUCGCAAACUGCUUCAUCUUCCGGUGCUGGUGAUGAAGCAAUCAAUUCCGAUCUUGACGACUCUGAUGAAGGUGACGACGAAGGCAUCGAGGAGGGAACUGUGCACGACGCUGACAUCGUGUUUUGUACAUAUGAUAAGGUUGCUAGAGUCAAAAACAAGUGGAAGUGUAUUCUGAAAGAUGGCAUGAUUCAUGUCAAUAAUAAGGAUUAUCUCUUCUCAAAAUGCACUGGCGAGUUUGAAUGGUAAUUUGGUGGAUGGAGGUCUCGUAUAUCGUAUUUCUCUUCUAUUUUCAUGUUCUCUUGUUUACACAUCCACCAUCACUCAUGCGCCGGUACUUGCCAUCCACUCACUUUAGCGUAUACCUCGUAGAUAUUGUAUGAAUGCUAUACAACAUUACCAUAAA